AUGAGUAGAAGGAGAAGAGGGGAGGAUGACCUAUUGACGACAUUUAUGGUGCUGGUGGCUCUCGAUGGUGGUGAUGUCGCGGACAAGGGAAGCGGGAGCUACCCUACCUGUGUCCAAUCAUGGCGACAAGGUAGGGUGGUUGGGGCGGCUUCUGUGCAGCCGCCUCAGUCAUAUAGUAUGGCUUCCCUGCCCAAUCUUUAUCAAGGUGGCAGGUUCACCACCUUGCCUUCAGUACCGAAACCUGAGUUUAUCUUCACUCCUUUACAAGAAUCUCACAUCCAAGCUGUUGUUAUUUGCUCUAAGCAGCUUGGAAUUCACCUUAGAGUCCGUAGCGGAGGCCUUGAUUUUGAGGGACUCUCUUAUGUUUCAGAAAUUGAGACAUCUUUCAUUGUUGCAGACCAUGCAAAGCUACGGUCCAUCAGCGUUGAUAUUGAGCACAACAGCGCGUGGGUUCAGGCGGGAGCCACGAAUGGAGGUGCAUAUGGUGCCUUGUUGCGAAAAUAUGGCCUUGGAGCGGACAACGUCGUUGAUGCACAUCUAAUUGAUGUUCAUGGUAGACUUCUCAACCGAAAACUCAUGGGAGAAGAUCUUUUCUGGGCCAUCAGAGGAGGCGCAGGGGGGAGCUUCGGAAUUGUCACCGCCUGGAAGGUAAAAUUGGUUCCCGUACCAUCAACCGUGACAAUAUUUACCGUUACCAAGACGUUAGAACAAGGUGCAACUAAGAUCUUAUAA